AUGGCUCUCUCCUCCCUUCUCCGCACAGGGUCCCGCUUGAGCCAAAUCGCGGUGCUCAGGUCAAGGACAUCACGAACAGCUUCGGCGAUAGCUGCUUCCACAGAGAAUCCCACUAUAUUAUCCUCGAUAUUAAUUGCCAAUCGUGGCGAGAUUGCAUUACGGGUUGGCCGAACAGCGACACAACAUGGCAUCAAGGUCACGACACUCUACACGAAUCCCGAUAGCAAAGCGCAGCACGCUUUGAGUAGCCCUUAUGCUUUUAACCUCGGCGAAACAGCUGCCUAUCUAGACGGAGACCGGAUAAUAGAGAUCGCCAAGCGAGAAGGGUGCCAGGCUAUUCAUCCGGGAUAUGGCUUUUUAAGUGAGAACUCGGAAUUUGCGCAAAAGUGCGCAAACGCGGGGCUGGUCUUCAUUGGGCCACCGCCGAAGGCUAUUGAAGAUAUGGGUGACAAAAGCCGCUCCAAAGAGAUAAUGACCACUGCAGGAGUUCCUUGCGUCCCUGGCUACCACGGUACAAAUCAAGAUCCCUUGUUUCUCGAGGCCGAAGCCGACAAAAUGGAAUACCCCGUCCUGAUUAAGGCCGUCAAAGGAGGCGGUGGAAAGGGGAUGCGAAUUGUUAGAUCAAAGGACGAGUUUCAGGAUCAAUUACGUUCUGCUAAGAACGAAGCCCUCAACUCUUUUGGGAACGAUCACAUGUUGGUAGAGAAGUAUAUUACAACCCCACGACAUAUUGAAGUGCAGGUGUUCGCCGAUAAGCAUGGAAACUGUGUGGCACUGGGAGAGCGUGAUUGCAGUAUUCAAAGACGACACCAGAAGAUUUUGGAAGAAUCUCCGGCUCCUCAUCUACCAGAUGCCGUGAGAAAAGAUCUCUGGGAUAAAGCUAGGGCUGCCGCGUUGGCAGUUGGCUACGAAGGUGCAGGUACGGUUGAGUUUAUCUUUGACAAUGACACGGGCAACUUCUACUUUAUGGAGAUGAACACCCGGCUACAAGUCGAACAUCCCGUGACGGAGAUGGUUACUGGGCAGGACUUAGUCCAUUGGCAAAUCCUAGUUGCAGAGGGGGCUCCUCUUCCUUUGACCCAGGAAGAGAUUGAAGUUAACAUAGCAGUCCGCGGACAUGCAAUUGAAGCUCGAAUUUAUGCAGAAAAUCCCGAUCAAGGUUUUAUCCCGGAUUCUGGUCGGCUCCUCCAUGUUCGACUUCCUAAAGAGUCGGAGGACGUUCGGAUUGACGCGGGAUUCGUCGCUGGCGACGAAGUAUCAGCUCAUUACGAUCCAAUGAUUUCGAAACUAAUUGUUCGGGGAGCCAAUCGCGAGGAAGCUCUUCGCAAUCUUUCGAUGGCUUUGGAAGAGUAUGAAAUCGCUGGUCCGAUCACCAAUAUCGAGUUCUUGAAGGCUGUUUGUAAGAGCGCAGACUUUGCCUCUGGCGCGGUCGAGACGGGGUAUAUCGAAAAGCACCGCGAGGAGUUGUUUGUCAAGAAGGUGGCAUCGGACGAGAUUUUGGCGCAGGCAGCUCUAGCAGUUUUCACGAAACGAGCUUCCGGAUCUGAGUUGGCAUCAUCUGGGCUGAAAGGGUCGCAGCUAGGGUUUAGUCCAUGCUUCCAGCAACGUCAAUUUAGAUUUACCGAAAUGUCAUCUUCGGCAGCACCGGAUGCCGCGAAUCCUACCCAUGAUGUUCAGGUCCAGCAGCUCAGUAGCGAUACUUUCCGGGUAACCGUCAAUGGACGAACGUUCGCGAAGGUAACGAGUCAGGUCGAUGGCGAAUCUCCUCAGAUUACGUCGUUUUUCCCUCACACACGAUUGGAUACGAGGGUGAUCCAGGACGAAGACACAAUAAUCGCCUUUCAACAUGGGAAACAAUACCGAUUUUCAACGGAGCGAGGGAAAUGGAUGGAGAAGGCAUUGGGGAUUAAAGAUGUCGCGAACAGCGUCUUGGCGCCAAUGCCGUGCAAGAUCCUCAGCGUCGAGGUCAGCGAGGGGCAGACGGUGGAGAAGGAUCAGCCACUUGUUGUGAUUGAAAGCAUGAAGAUGGAGACGGUUAUCCGCAGUCCACAUCAUGGGACGAUCGCGAAGAUUGUGCAUCGAAAGGGGGACCAAUGCAAGAGUGGAACGCCACUUGUCGAAUUUGCCGGCGACGACUAG